AUGAUCGCAGCAGCUGUAGCAGCAGCUAUGGAAAAAGCCUCCUCUAAGUCCUUCCAGAUGGAACAGGACGUCCCUAAGUCCAUCUCCAAAUGGACUCACUAUGGUGCAGACUCUGAAGACUCUGACUCUUCCAGGGAACACUCUCAUCGGCCUAAAUGCAGAACAACCACGACCCGUACGGUCCACGAACCCACUCAGAUUUCCUCAGAUGAGGAAAACGUGGAACCCACACAUGCACUGGCUGUGCUGGAUGAAUGGCAG